AUGGCCGCCGAACCGCGUCAAAGACAACCGUGGUGCCGCGGCGCCGCACCGGGCCGGUGUCCUUCCCCUCCCCUCCCAAUCACCGGCGAGUGUCGGCCGCGUCGCAAUCUUCAGCCCCCCACCGGUCGACUGCGGGAGGCGCUGCGCUUCGCGCCUGCCAGAGGGGUUGGCGGACUCGACGUGGCAGCUGCAGGGUCGACUUGGCAUGCCAGACCUUCCUCCCCGUUAUCACCCCCUUUCCCCCUCCCUACAUCCCCUCCCUUUCUCCUCUCCCUUCCACCCUCCCUUCCCCCCUCCCUUCCCCCCUCCUCUUCCACCCUCCCCUCCCCCUUCCCCUUCUCCCCUCCCCUUACCCCUCCCCUUCUCCCCUCUCCGCGCGCCGCAGUGCCCGAGGGGCUAACGGACCAGGCGUGGCAGCUGCUGGCGGUGUUCCUCACCACUAUAACGGGACUGAUCCUCGGUCUCCCCCUUCCUUUCAUACCCAGUCUCCCCCUUCCUUUCAUACCCAGUCUUGCCCUCCCCUUUCAUACCCAGCCGCUUCCUGUGGGCGCGUGGGCCUUCACUUGCCUCUCCUUCGCUAUAAUCACAGGCACUCUCUCUUUCUCUGACGCCAUUAGCGCCAUGACAAACGAGGUCAUCUGGUUAAUCGUUAUCUCAUUCUUCUUCGCGCGCGGCUUCGUCACCACGGGCCUGGGUGACCGCAUCGCCACGCUCUUUGUCAAGUGGCGUGUGACAGACAAUGUGCCUCUGCUGUUGUUUGUGACCACGGGGCUGGGCGACGGCAUUGCCACGCUCUUGGGCCUCAGCUACAGCCUUGCAGGUACAGCGAUUGUAGCAAGCGAAGCCCUGUUGGCCCCAGCCAUGCCCAGCACCACGGCGCGGGCCGGAGGCGUCUUCCUCCCCAUCAUCGACUCUCUCUCAAAGCGCUUUGACAGCCGCCCCAACGACCCCAGCAGCAAGAAGCUCGGCGCGUUUCUCAUCAUGACUCAACUGCAGACCUCAGCCCACAGCAGCGCCAUGUUCCUCACUGGAGCCGGGCAGAACCUGCUGUGCAUGAAGCUCGCGCAGGAAAUGGGUGUGGCGAUCCCGAACGCCUUUGCCACGUGGAUGGGGAUGGCAGUGGUGCCUGGCAUGCUGGGGUUGGUGGUCACCCCCAUGCUCAUGUUCAAGGUGUUUGCACCCGAGGUCAAAGAGACGCCAGAGGCGCCGGGGCUUGCUAAGAAGCGGCUUGAGGAGAUGGGGUCGGUGAGCGGGAAGGAGAUGAUCAUGAUUGGCACCAUGGGACUCGCGAUUACCAUGUGGAUCAUGGGUGAAUCGCUGGGCAUUCCCAGUGUGGUAACUGCCAUGUCAGCGCUCUCCCUCCUCCUCCUCUCAGGCGUCGUCUCGUGGUCCGAUUGCCUCUCUGAGAAGUCAGCCUGGGACACCCUCAUGUGGUUUGCUGCUCUCAUCGCCAUGUCCGCCCAGCUCACCCACAUGGGGGUCGUUGGCUGGAUGGCCGAUGGGGUUGCAGGCGGGCUCGGGAUGGUCCCUGGGGGGAUUUUGGCAGGGGAUAUGGCCACAGGGGGGAUGCUGGGGGAGGAGAUGGGGGGAAUGGCGGGGAUGCUGGGGGGAGAUUUGGGGGAGAUGGUUGGGGCGGGGGUGGCGGCAGUGGGAGCGGGAGCGGGGGGAGCGGUAGCAGCAGUGGGAGCAGCGGGAGGGGCGGCGUUAGAGCCAAUGACUAGUGCCGUAACCGCUACUGCCAUCACCACUACUGCUGCCCUACCACCCCUAGACUCCCCAGCAGAGCUAACUUGGGUCUCCAGUUUCUUCCAGCUGCAAGUCCUAUACUUCCUCGCGCAUUACCUUUUUGCCAGCCAGACAGCCCAUGUGGGGGCGCUCUAUGCGGCUUUCCUUGCCAUGCAGCUAGCGGCUGGUGUUCCCGGGGAGGUUGGUGCUUUUGCGCUGGCGCUAAAUACGAAUUUGUUUGGCGCGAUAACGCAUUAUAGCAGCGGGCAGGCGGCGCUGUAUUAUGGAGGUGAGCGAUAG